AUAAUGGUGUGCCUCAAAAAUCCAACUGAGAAUCAAAAUCCCGAUGGACGACGACAGCUUCAGACUCCGGGCGGACAAGGUUUUCGGAUCCCUCUCUGCGUCGCUCUCCUCGUCUCUCCAACCACCGCAGUCCUCUCCCUGGUCCGUCGCCGGCGCCGAGGUCGAGCGCCGCCAAUGGAGGCGCGCCACCGACGCCCCUGACCGAGACGAAACGCCCUGUGCGUCGUCGUUUCAGGGUGAAUUUGGAAUCGGAUCUUCCAUAGGCAUGGACCCUACUCUGGAUUUCGAGGAAGAGGAAGAUGAAUAUGACAAAGUGGCUUCGGGUGCUGAAGCUGUUGAUGAUGAUCGUUUGUUUAUGGACGAUGUUACCCACCAUGCCUCUUAUUUGAACUCUUACAAUGUAUUGGUUGGUAAGGAUUCGCGUGCGAAUCACCUGGCUGCCAGGCACAGGCUGAAAGAAGAUGAUGCUGAAGCUCAGAACCCUAGUUCUACACCAGUGGCUUCUGCUGCACUAGUUAAGCAACAGUUUGCUAAAUCACCUGAAGAUGGCGGUCAGCCAAAGCCUAUACUGAAAAGGAAAGACAAUUCCUCGGAUAGCAAGUCCCGGAAACGUGUUAGGUUUGACCCUGCUUUUGUAGAUCAGAGUGAUGGUGAAGAAUCAUCCGGAAAAGUUCAAAACUUGGUUUCGGAUAAUGGUUCUGGAUUAACUGCUUCCCGGGUUUCAUUGAAGAAAAAGACGGCUUCUCAGGUUCCUGAUUAUUUGGUGAAUCCUUCAAAGUAUACGUGUUAUAGUUUUGAUUCAACAAGUGAAGUUGAUGAAGGUGGCAACACCAAGGCUUGUAUGGACUACAUUACUCAGGUUGAAACCUCAGGGUCAGAGAUGGAGAUGGAGGAUGCUUCACCUCAACUUCCCAAGUCUGUGACUUUUGUUCCAAAGAAAGAGACUGUCGAUGGUAGCACAAGAACAAAGCAGGACGAGGAAGAUGAUGAUAAGCAGUCCUUAAAUAUAAAAGGCGUCGCUGUUGGCAUUGCAGCUAUGGAAGAAAAUGAAAUCAGUGCGGCAGAGGAGGAAGACAAGUCAGAGCAAAAUGCAGCCGUUUUAAGUGAUUGUUUAUCAAAAAGUGGUCGGAAGUUUCGAACCAAGCCAAUGUCAGAUGAUGAGUCUGAUUAAUGAGGUUUCAUUAGAUUCAGACGGGCUGUGCUGGCAGCAAAUCUGUGUUUAUUAUUUUUCUUGAACCAUGAUAAUGUGUAUAUUAACACUCGUCCUGAGAAGAUUCUCCUUUUAAACAUAAAUCUCAAUGUAUUGGUGAUUUUUCUUUAAUACCUUUGUCCGUAUACA